ACUUCCAGUGGAUGCCCGUUCCCCCGACCGGUCGAUUGUCGAAAUCGCAUUACAAUGUGCUCAUGGCACAAUUGCGGGAGUAUUUGCACACUGCAGUACCAACUCCAUUGAUGGACGCCGGAGUAGAGGUUGUCGACCUUCAGGAGUACAUCGUGAAGAUCGACCGCGAGUUCAAGACACAAAGGUACGACGACAUUGACGCACCAUUGUUGUAUGUACGCAUUCAGAUUGGAGAGGCGACCUGCAGCGCCUUGAUCAAUUGCGGUGCAACUCGCAACUACAUGAGUCAGGACUUCAUGGUACGCGCCGGCCUUGGCCCACGCGUCUGGAGGAAGUCCCAUCCGACACACGUGACGUUGGCCGAUGGUCACACGCACAAGUCAAUUGACCGGUGCAUUGACAACGUCCCUGUGUAUUUCGCCCCGAAUGCACGCGAGGCCGUGUCCUUCGACAUUCUGGACACUAAGUUCGACAUGAUUUUGGGCAUGUCAUGGCUGCGAAGUGAGGACCACCCGGUGAACUUCUACCGCCGCACCGUUCACGUUCGUGACCGGGAAGGAGUAUUAGUCCCAUGCACGGUGCCUCCUCCUCACCCUUCGAUCAACUGUCAAGUGGUGUCCGCCGCAAGUAUUCGAGGUUUCAUCAUCAAGGAUGACAUUGAGGAGAUGGGGGUGUGUUUUCUCCACGCCCUCCCGCCCCAGGACACCCCAUUGACGGACGCAUCAUCGGACCCACGCAUCACUGAGCUUCUCACCACUUAUAGUGACGUGUUCGAGGCCCCGCACGGAGUAGUACCGGAUCGGCCCAUCCGCCACGAGAUCAUCCUCGAGGACGGGGCUGUACCUCCGCGUGGUUGCAUCUACCGAAUGAGCGAGGAAGAGUUAAGUGUGCUACGGGCACAACUCGACGACCUUCUGGAGAAAGGCUGGAUUCGACCUAGCUCUUCGCCAUACGGUGCACCUGUUCUCUUCGUCCGGAAGAAGAACAAGGAUUUGCGGUUGUGCAUCGACUAUUGUAAGCUCAACGCGCAAACGGUCAAGAACGCCGGCCCUCUCCCACUCACCGACGAUCUCCUGGAGCGACUGGGCGGCGCCAAGUUCUUCUCCAAGUUGGACCUCAAGUCGGGUUAUCACCAACUUGAGAUUCGCCCGGAGGAUCGAUACAAGACCGCGUUUAAAACGCGAUAUGGGCAUUUCGAAUGGCUGGUCAUGCCGUUUGGCCUUAUGAAUGCCCCAGCCACAUUCCAGGCGGCUAUGACAUUGGAGUUUCGACACAUGCUGGAUCGUUUCGUACUCAUCUACCUCGACGACAUCUUGGUGUACAGUCGGAGUUUGGACGAGCAUGUGGAGCACCUGCGCACCGUUCUGGAACGGCUACGACAGGCCAAGUACAAAGCCAACUGCGACAAAUGCGAAUUCGCGCGGCAAGAGCUGGAGUACUUGGGACACUAUGUGCCAUUCGUAUUCGAUGACGACGCGCGCCAGGCUUUCCAAGCACUCAAGACGACCAUGCUCAUGGCACCCGUCCUUAGCAUCUACGACCCUACUCUGCCUACCAGAGUGACGACUGACGCUUCCGGUUACGGCAUUGGGGCAGUCUUGGAGCAGCACGACGGUGAGGAUUGGCACCCUGUGGAGUAUUUCAGCCACAAAGUGCCUCCCAUCAAUUCUCUAGAUGAUGCAAGGAAGAAGGAGUUGGUUGCGUUCGUCAUGGCUCUCAAGCGAUGGCGGCACUUCCUUCUUGGGCGUCGUAGGUUCACAUGGGUCAUGGACAAUAACCCAUUGACCUACUACAAGACGCAGGACACGGUGAGCACCACGAUUGGACGGUGGAUGUACUUCAUCGACCAGUUUGACUUCACACCGAAACACGUUGACGGCCUCUCCAAUCGCGCAGCAGAUGCACUUUCGCGACGACCUGAUCUUUGCGCUAUGACGCAUCACGCCUUCGCGUUCGACGAGGACCUCCAGCGACACUUCAUCAGGGGCUAUCAGUCUGACCCAGAGUUUGCUACGUUGUAUGCGCAGCUAUCUUCGGAUCACCCGCCGGCCAGCCACUAUCGCAUUGUCGACGGGUACUUGCUCCUCCACUCGAGAGGCAAGGACUUGCUGUGUGUCCCACGUGACCGCCGUCUUCGGACUCGCCUUCUCGGCGAGUAUCAUGAUUCGCGACUCGCCGACCAUUUCGGAGUCAAUCGCACGAUUGCACGGCUUCAACAACGAUUCCGAUGGCCCGACCUCAUUUCCGAUGUCAUGCGGUAUUGCGAUUCUUGCGAAGUUUGUCGACGCAGCAAACCCCGCAACCGCAAUCCCUAUGGCGAGUUACGCCCGAUGCCUAUCCCCCGGGAACCCGGUAUCUCCAUUGCUAUGGAUGUCACCGGUCUGUUUCCUCGAGACCGGCUCGGGCACGACGACAUCCUCACGGUUGUGGACCGAUUGAGCAAGUACGCACGUUUUCUUCCUUGCAAGUACUACUCCAUGGCUCCCGAGUUGGCACGCCUCUUGCACACCGGAUGGAUUUGUGGCCACAGCGUACCCGAGGACAUAGUCAGCGACCGCAACACUCGUUUCAUGUCGACUAUUUGGACCUCUCUCAUGCAGGAGUCCGGCACGACGAUGAAACCCAGUUCGGCUCGGCAUCCACAGACAGACGGGCAAACGGAGCGGGCACAUCAGACCGCUCAAAUGAUGCUUCGUACACUCAUCCGUCCGGACCAGAAAGAUUGGGUUGACCGCCUCCCCGACAUCAAGUUCGCCUACAACACUUCAGUGCACCCGGCGAUCGGUGUGACUCCAUUCGAGUUGCACCACGGUGGACGGAAAGGCCGUAUCUUCGCUGAUCUUCUCCUCCCUCGACCAGCCGACAUUGACGCCGCUUGCUCUCCCGCUUCCAUCCGGAAGUACAGGGAAUUGCUGGCUCAAGCCCGCACAAACAUGCAAAAGGCUCAAGUCCGCAUGCAGCAGCAAGCCAACAGGCGCCGCGUACCAUGUCCCACCCGCGCCAAAGAUCGAGUUUGGGUCUCCUCGGAAAAGUUUGCAUUGGAACAGGAUGUCUCACGCAAACUACUCCCUAAAUGGUUUGGACCAUGGACAGUGACAUCAGCCGCGGGCGAUGAGCCCGAUGGCCCUUCAUUUGUGAUCGGCAUUCCUGAGCAUUUGGCGGUCCAUCCAGUCUUUCAUGCGUCAAAGCUGGCAACAUAUACACCAGCUAAGAGCGAUGACUUCCCGGGCCGACGAUCGCAGGACCCUCCUUCUAUGGAUGGUCAUCAGGAGGUUGACCGCGUCAUCUCAGAUCGCAAGUAUGGCAGCAAGCCGCGCCAGUACAAAGUUACAUUCAGAGCAUGCGAUCCCGACGACACUCGGUGGAUUUCAGGAACAGAUUUGAAAGCGUCUGCACCGCUGAUCUACGCUCACUACGAGCGACAGAGAGGGCUAGGGCGGGAGCAGCAGCAGCAUAGCAGGCCUUAGCAGUGGCAGCAGCUACUCUAGGGGCCAUGACUACUUCUGCAGCGACCUCUCGGGGUCAGCAGACGUCAGGGACGUACUCUAUGUCAUUUGCCUCU